GCCUCCGGAUAUGACGCAAUGACGGCGGCUGUUGUCGCGUUCCUAUCGUGGCGCGAAAUUCUGCGUUAGCCAUCCGACCUGUAAAGCUUCAGCUAAAACAGAAAUAUGGACGUGGAGAUGAGAGAAACAGAUUCUGAACAAAGUCAUUCAGAAAUCCAGUCUAAAAAGGAAGACGCUUCCGGGAAGAGUAGUGCGUAUGAGCUGCCAUGGGUGGAAAAGUACAGACCACUGAAAUUGAGUGAGAUAGUUGGAAACGAGGAAACUAUAAGCAGACUUGAGGUGUUUGCCAGAGAAGGAAAUGUACCAAACAUCAUCAUAGCUGGUCCCCCUGGCACAGGGAAGACCACCAGCAUUUUGUGCUUGGCGCGUGCUCUCCUUGGCCCUGCAAUGAAAGAUGCAGUGCUUGAACUGAAUGCUUCUAACGACAGAGGUAUCGAUGUUGUUAGAAACAAGAUCAAAAUGUUUGCGCAGCAGAAAGUAACUCUUCCAAAAGGUCGACACAAGAUAAUCAUCUUGGAUGAAGCCGACAGCAUGACGGACGGGGCACAGCAGGCUCUCAGGAGAACGAUGGAGAUCUACUCCAAGACGACUCGCUUCGCUCUCGCUUGCAAUGCGUCGGACAAAAUCAUUGAGCCGAUCCAGUCCCGCUGCGCAGUGUUGAGGUACACCAAGCUGAGGGACGAGCAGAUAAUGAUGCGGCUGAUGGAAGUCGUGGAAAAGGAGACUCUAUCCACCACUAACGACGGCUUAGAGGCCAUCAUCUUCACCGCACAGGGAGACAUGAGACAGGCACUAAAUAAUUUGCAGUCAACGCAUUCUGGAUUCGGCUUUGUCAGCAGUGAGAAUGUGUUCAAGGUCUGCGAUGAGCCCCACCCUCUGCUUGUGAAAAGCAUGCUGGAACAUUGCGUGAACGCUGACAUUGAUGAAGCCUACAAGAUCAUUGAGCAACUCUGGUCACUUGGCUAUUCACCCGAAGAUAUAAUUGGGAACAUCUUCAGAGUGUGUAAAACAUUCCAGAUGCCAGAGUAUCUGAAGCUGGAGUUCAUCAAGGAGAUUGGCUAUACUCAUAUGAAAGUAGCAGAAGGUGUCAACUCCUUGCUACAGAUGGCAGGGCUCCUGGGUCGACUUUGUGCCAAGAUAGCGUCACCCAAUGCCAGUUAGACCCUAACCUCCUUGGCUGCCGCUGCCCUACUCCACUCAAGUGCGCUUACUGUCACCCAACACCGAGCUGUCACUACAGUAGGGGACGUCGUCAUCGCCGGAUCAUCGGGACCAUGAUAAAUGGACGGACAUGCAGAGGCAACACAAAUCGGUCACUUAAAAUUUAAAGUAACCUAGGCCAUACUUCCUGAUAGUAUGGUCAUUUAUUCUAUGCUUAUGUUUGUGAUAGUAGUUUCGUAAUAAAAAUCCGUACGUGA